AUGCAUGCCAUUGAAAUUGCAAAAAUGAUGGAUGUUACAAUAACACAUGAUGAUAUUGAAGUUGCGCAUUUUACGGGUGCGAAGGAUGUACAACAACGUGAUGUUAUUGUCCGUUUUUAUUCACGAGAAACAUGUCAAAAAUUAUUAAAAAAUCGUAAAAAACUACAAAAAAAACAAUCCGAUCGUAAAUAUUUUAUAUUUGAGGACUGUACAAAACGAGCAAUGGCUUUAUUUAGUAAAAUGCGUCAACAUUUACCCGAAGACACUAAAUUCCAUGUAUACAUAAGAAAUGGGAGAGUAUUAUACCGGCCUUCUUUACAAGCGAAACCAGUGGUGAUUGAUAGAGAUCAAACAGUUUCUGAUCUUCUUUUAAAAUUAAAAUUAAAUGGUGCGUGA